AUGGGCGGCCUUGAAGCGCCUAUGUGCGGGAUGACAAUUUACGGCAUGGGAGGCGGCGGCACGUACUCGCACUUCGGCCACGUCCAUGCUGCUGCACAGUACCAGCAGGUUUCACAACAGCGGCCAGCUGCUGCCCAUCACCACCCUGCCCUCGGCGGCAGCAGUUUAGCUGUCGGCCUCCGUGGUCGGGACCGAGCCGUGCGUGGCAGCGGUGGCGGCUCACGCGAACACGGCGGCGGUCACCAGCGACGACCAUCACGAGAGAGUGAUGCGAGCUCGUCAGCCUCCGAGCAGCCCGCGCUGCACCAGUCGCAGUCACAGCAACUGCAGCCGCCCUCCCAGCAGCACUCCUCCCCUAACGGCGGCCUGGUGAACGGUGGGGACGCUAGGGACACCAUGGGCUUGGCCUCCCCCGGAGGUGGGGCUGGGACUCCGAAGGGCACACAGCGACCGCCGCCACCGCCAGGCUUCGGAGCCACUCCACAGGGUGGCGGGCUUGCCCGUCAAGCAUCUGCAUCGGCUGCCAGCAAUGGCCCUGUUGUGCCUCAGCAGCCUCCUCAGGCCCUGGCAGCUAUGGCGAGACCAGGGCUGGGCGCCGUGGCGCCGCCUGCCGGUGCUCCGAAACCGUCUGGUGCAGUCGCAAGCCCCAGCGGAUCCGCCACGACAAUGCCCAACGGCAUCCCUUCGAAUCAGCACACUGGCGGCAGCAGCAAUGCUGCAAGCAGCCAGAGCCAGCAGCAGCAGCCUCAGCAGGGCCCGGCGCCGAGCACAACAGCAGCCGGCGGUGGGGCAGGCAACAUGAUGGCAUCUGCACAGACAGCUACCGGUGGUGCUACCACUGCCAGCAGCAGCGGCGCUACGACGGGAGGAUCGUCCACGCAGCUCAACCCCGCUGCUCCGCCUUUCCGCAGCCUGCACGGAGGCUCACUCGAGCAGGUGGAGGGCAGUCUGCUUGCGCAGGCAGACGCGGGCGUAGGCCUGAAAGACAAGGUGUCCAAGUUCCACACGCUGGUGCGGCAGCGAGACGCGCUGGACGCCUGCAUCCUUAGCGAGCUGUCAGGCCUGGUGACGGAGGCGGAGCGCCAGGUGGCCGCGAGGGAGACGCACCGGCAGCAGGCGGCGGUGCUGGAGGAGGCCAGGGCGCGUGUGGAGAGUCUCACUUCCCAGCUGGCGGAUCGAGACGGCCAUUUGGCAGCGGCUCGGCGGCAGAUCGACGACAAGGACACGGCGCUGCGAGCGCGGGACUCGCAGAUUCGGAAGCUGGAGUCGGAGCUGGCGGAGGCUCGGCGUCGCAGCAGCACUCUGGAACGGGACCUGUCAGCUGCCACUCAGAGAGUGGACACCACGGCCUCUAAGCUGUCGGCCGUGGAGCAGGAACUUGCGGCAUUGUAA